UUUUCUCGCGAUAGCUGCGUGAGAGGAGCAACAGUGAUGGCGGACGCGGAGCUGACGCUGGACCUCACUGACACCAAACAUGAAGAAACAGGCGAUUCUCCCAAUGACGAGGGAGAAGCGGAGCCCCAGCAGACGCAGGAGAACACCAACGGCGUUAAAACCGACGCCGAGGACAAAGAGCCCAAAGAGAAGAGCCAAAAGUCGCACCGCUACCAUCCCUACAAAGAGUGCCGCAGCGGCUCGGCGGACCAGAAGGCCUCCCAGAGGAACCGCGUGUUCAUUAGCAAUAUCCCUUAUGAUAUGAAGUGGCAGGCAAUUAAAGAUCUAAUGCGUGAGAAAGUUGGUGAGGUUACAUACGUGGAACUCUUUAAGGAUGGAGAAGGAAAGUCAAGGGGCUGCGGCGUGGUUGAGUUCAGAGAUGAAGAGUUCGUGAAGAAAGCCAUCGAGGUCAUGAGCAAACACGAUCUGAACGGACGGCCGCUGAACAUUAAGGAGGAUCCGGACGGAGAGCAUGCACGGCGCGUCCUGCAGAGAUCGGACCGGAUGUACGGAGCGGGCCGAGGGCAAGACACAGCUCCAGCCGGGAUAAACAUCCCUCCCUCCAUCGCCAACAACCCCAACAUCCCUCCGGAGAUCAUCAGCGCGCUGCAGGCCGGACGGCUCGGCACCACCGUGUUCGUGGCCAACCUGGACUUUAAGGUGGGCUGGAAGAAGCUGAAGGAGGUGUUCAGUAUGGCUGGGACGGUGAGGAGGGCUGAUGUGAAAGAAGACAAAGACGGGAAGAGUCGAGGGAUGGGGACGGUCACCUUCGAGCAUUCGCUGGAGACCGUACAAGCCAUCUCCAUGUUCAACGGUCAGAUGCUGUUUGACAGACAGAUGCAUGUGAAAAUGGAUGAUAAAUCACUUCCUCCAGAUGACUUCAGGCCUGCGGAGAAACCGCCACAGUUACCCCGAGGUCUGGGUGGUGUUGGGAUGGGUUUGGGUCCCGGCGGUCAGCCAAUAAAUGCCAACCGUCUCAGUGGAGGAGGCGUCGGCUCCAUGGGACCUGGAGGGAUGGACGGGCCAGGAUGCAGCAACAUGAACCGCAUGAGUGGGAUGGGCGGAGGCUUCUCCGGCAUGGACUGCAUGGGUGGAAUGGGAGGAUUCGGUGGCAGAGACAUGGGACCCAUGGGCCGAAUGGGAGAUGUGUAUCGCUCUGGAAUGGGAGGAAUGGACAGAGACUUCGGCAGAAGGGACAUGGGGAUGAACCGCCCGUUCGGAGACUCGUUUGGAGGUGAAGGAUAUGCAGGAAUGGGGAAUGCUGGGAUGGGACCCAUGGGCUCUGGAUUAGGUCACUCAUCUCAUGCUCUCACACACAAAAUUACAUGUAUAUAUACUUCACUUGGAUCGUCUCUGUGUGUGUGUGUGUUUCCACAGCUCUCGUACGAUCUGACCUGGCAGAAGCUCAAGGAGAAGUUCAGUUACUGCGGUCAGGUGAUGUACGCUGAAAUAAAGAUGGAGAACGGCAAAUCCAAAGGCUGCGGCACGGUGCGCUUCGACUCUCCUGAGAGCGCUGAGAAAGCCUGCCGCAUGAUGAACGGAACCAAGAUCAACGGACGAGAGGUUGAUGUUCGUAUCGACCGCACCGCUUGAGACACACACACACAUCACAGAGCCCAGCUUUUGUUUUGUUUUAAAAACAUCAUGACUGUCAUAUCAGCGAUCUCACCAGCCGCUUCAGCUCCAUGUGUUAGUGACCACUAGUUUUUUUUGGUAAACAUUUUAAUUUGUGGGACGUUCGUGUCGGACUACAUU